UUUAGUUCAAACAUUUAUUGAAUGAUAUAAUCAUUUAAAAAUUAAUUAUAAAAAAUGGGUUUAACUUUAUCAAAUUUGUUCACUCGUCUUUUUGGAAAAAAGCAAAUGCGUAUUUUAAUGGUAGGAUUAGACGCCGCGGGAAAAACGACCGUACUUUAUAAAUUAAAAUUAGGCGAGAUUGUGACAACAAUUCCCACUAUCGGUUUUAACGUCGAAACGGUGGAAUAUAAAAACAUAUCAUUCACCGUUUGGGAUAUCGGGGGCCAAAAUAAAAUACGACCUUUAUGGAAACAUUACUUUCAAAGCACCGAAGGAGUAAUUUUCGUUUUGGAUUCGACGGAUCGCGAACGAAUCGACGAAGCACGAAGAGAAUUGCACAAUAUUUUUCAAGAAAACGAAAUGAAAGGCGUCGUUUUGUUGGUUUUAGCAAAUAAGCAAGAUUUGCCGAACGCUAUGAAUAUGGAUGAGUUAAAAGAGAAAUUAGAAUUAACCAAAUUAAAAAAUAAUUGUUUUUUGCAAUCGACUUGCGCUACGAAAGGAAGUGGGUUAUACGAAGGGUUUGAUUGGUUAUCGAACGAAUUAAGUAGAAGAUGAAAAAAUUAUUUUGUUAGUUUAAAUUAAAAAUUAUUUAUUGUUUAGGUUAGGUUGUCAACGUCAAGUUUGAAUUAUAAAUUACAGAUUCCUGUAUUUAUUUUGAUUAAAACGUCAAA